GUAACAAAGAUGGUGGACUUUAACGUUGAUCUUGUGAAUUAAGUUCAGUUUACCUUGUUUGUAAUCUUCGUCAUCUAUUUUUCUGAUAGAAAAGCGUUAAGUGCAAAGGAAGUAAAGUCUGGCAUUACUAAUUUUGGACUUUUGUUGCCUGUAGACAGAUCAAAAUGCCCCCGAAAAAGAAAAAGAGUGGAAAAAAGAAGAAAUCUGGAAAAAAAUCGGGAAAAUCAUCAGCCUCAAAAUCGGGAGAAAUUACCCAACUUAAUGAACUGAGCAAAGAAUUUUUCUUAAUCCAGAUCAGAGAUCUUGAAAAUCGGCUUGCACGAUAUCAAAAACGCUGUGAUGAAUUAUCAGUGGCUAAUGGACAAUUUCAUGAGAAAUUUGAACAGAUGGAUACAGACAAAAGAGAAAUUGUCUCAUUCUGGAAAAAGCAAGUUGAACAAAAGACUGAUGAGAUAGCAGAUUUAAAUGAUAGAUUAGUUGGAUUAGGCCAAGCUAAAGAUACUGAGAAAAGAGAGUAUGAAAGUCAACUCCAACAAUUACGAUCUGAAUUUCAAGAAAUGAAAGACAAUCUUACAUCAGAAAAUAUGAUAUUAGGUGGAAAAUUGGCAUCAUUGGAAGAAUUCAAGGUUCAGAAAGAAGAUUUAAAACAUAAGUUUGCUAUGAUGGAAGAAGCUUUAGCUAAAAAGGAUGAAGAUCAUAAAAAUAUAAUUUAUGAAUUGGAGAAGAAAAAUGUCAUUGAUAAAGACAGAUUAAAGAAAGAUAUGAUAGUUAAAGUAAAUACUGUGGCUGCAGAAUUCCGUAAAGUUUCUAAUAAACAAAUGGCAGAAACUACCAAACGUACAAUAAGAGAAAAUGUCUCAAUUAAUGCUCAGCUUGGUAAAAUGUCUGAUAAAACACAAGAAACUUUACGAGAAACUGAUGAUUAUAAAGCUAGAGAGAAAAAAUGUAGACAACAGAUUGAAAUGCUGGAAGUUAAUGAAAAGGAAUUGGCUAAGAAAAAUCAUAGCAAUAUUAAGAUGAUUCGUAUGUUGACUGAGAAAUGUCGUAAUCAAGAAGCUAUGAUUGGUGAAUAUGAACUACGAGAAUCUGAAUAUCAGGAAUUAGAGAAUGAAUCUGAAUUAUUACGUUCACAAAUAGAAUCAUCAAGAGAAGAAAUCCAGGGUUUAAGUAAAGAAAAUGAACAGCUAGAAGAACAACUAGAAAAAACAAUAGAGACAUUGAAUGAUACUAGAAACAAUAGAGCUAAAGUUGAUCAAGUAAUGAAAGAUGCUGCUCAUGCUUUGAGAGUAGCAUUGAGGAAAACUGAACCUGAUGAAGAAAAUGAUCUAGAUGAUGAUGAUUUUGAAAUAGAAAGAAGAGAUCAAUUAUUAGAACAGUUACUGAUAUUAUUAAACAGUGCUGCUGCUAUAGGUAUUGGUCCAUUACCUGGUGAUCUAGGUAAACAUUUUGAACAACAAGUAAAGAGUUUGACCAAGUUAUCUACUAAUAGUGGUGGUAGUAGAAUGGGCAUAAGAAAAGGGCAAGUUGAGAUGUCUCCUAUCAGUAAAUCAGGGGGUAAUAUUGCUCACUAUAGUUUGGGUGAUUUAGGUUUAAUACCUCGACCUAAACAUACUAUACCUUCCCAUUUAGAUAAAAUACGAUCUUUAUCAGCUACCACAAGACUGGGGUCAUUACGAAAAGUUAUGACUAAGUCAGUGGCUAUACAAACAGUUAGUGCACCUAAGGCCAUGUUUUAUGCUGAUCAAUUAUUGAAGAAUGUUCCAUCUUCAACUCAAACAGCCAUCUAUAGUAAAUUACAUGAUGAUAAAAGUAAACCACCAUUAACUCUUGCUCCUAUAACUACUAAUAAGAGAUUGAUAAGUAAAGUUUAUUAGCAAUACUUGGCAUGAUCAGAGCACAUUACUAGGGGUACUGGCAUGAUCAAAACAUUUUACCAAUCAGGUGUACCCUGAUGAUUAAAUCAAACCACUGAACGAUACUUGGCAUACGCAUGAUCAGCAUUUAAUCAAGCGACUAACUUGGUAAAGCAUGAAUAUGUCACAGUCACUAUAUAUAUUUCUUCAAGUUACCUUGCAUGAUCAAAACAAUGCCGUUAUGACAAAGGAAAAGCAGGUUUUUUUUCACUGAAAAUCUGUACAUGUUUAGUUUGUUAAUUUUGAUAAUUGUAUAUAUUGUUUUAGAUAAUUUUGUUUUAUACACAAUUUUUACUGUGAAAUACUGUAAAUUUAACUUCCUGAAUAUUGUACAUUUUAGUAAUAUAUCUUUACCUAUAACUUAUACUAUUAAAGUUAUUUGGUUAUAACUUUGUUAUAAAUGCUCCUAUCUGCACAUC